AUGGGUUUUAAUCCCGCGACCGACAUUGGGAACCUGGAGGGCAAAGUCAUCUUAGUGACUGGUGGCAAUGCUGGCCUAGGCAAGCAAACAAUCGCAUAUCUCGCCGCCCACAACCCCGCAUGCAUUUACCUCGCCGCCCGCAGCGAGUCCAAAGCCCGCGAUGCCAUUGCCUCGAUCAAAUCCUCAGUGCCCAACGCCUGCAACAUUGAGUACCUCUCCCUCGACCUAACAUCCUUCGCGUCCAUCGCCGAAGCAGCCUCUACAUUCAAGGCCCGCGAGUCGCGCCUCGACAUCCUGAUCAACAAUGCGGGUAUCAUGGCGACGCCGUACGGCACGACGAAAGAGGGCUACGAGAUCCAGUUUGGCACAAACCACAUGGGCCACGCGCUGCUCACCAAGCUGCUGCUGCCCACCAUGCUCGAGACGGCCAAGCUUCCAGCCGCCGAUGUGCGCAUCAUCAGUCUGAGCAGCUACGGACACGUCAUGCCUGUUUCCCAGGGCAUUCUCUUCGACCAGGCUGCGCUGGAGCAGCAGAGCACUGUGCGCCGAUAUGGCUCGUCGAAGCUUGCGAACCUGGUCUAUGCUAAGGCUCUCGCUGAACACUAUCCCCAGAUCACGUCUGUGUCGCUGCACCCAGGUGUGAUCAUGACGGAUCUGUUCAACACGCUGCGCACCAAUAUCUUUUUGAAGGUUGGGCUGUGGGUCUAUGCGAUCAUAGGGUUGGUCUUACCGGGUCACUUUAGAGGACCAGAGGGCGGGGCGCUGAAUACCACAUGGUGUGCGACAGUGCCCAAGGAACAGCUCGAGAAUGGGGCGUAUUAUAUACCGGUUGGUAAGAAGGACGGUGGUAGUAAGUAUGCGAGGGAUGAGGGGUUGAGGAAGAAGCUGUGGGAGUAUACAGACGAGGAGUUGGCGAAGCAUGGGUAUUGA